AUGUCCAACGAACGCAACCCACGACGAGGCUCUACGAAUCUAUACCCUGCUGAAGUAGCAGCUAUCGAAAACGAGCGCAUUGCUUCUCAAGGACCCCGUCCGUCAUCUUCUAUCAUUGCACCAGAUGAUCGCUUUUCCCUGGAGUCGUCAGAAUACCCGUCCUGGCUGCCUAGGCGCCCCCAUCCUCCUGUGCCUGCAUCUUCAACUAACACUGGCGCUGGAUCCCCAGCAGCCGAACGGGAAGUUCGUUCCAGUGCGGAGGGCUCGUCAGCAGUGUCUCCUGACCAUACCAUGCAGUCCCCCACCACCCCUGCACGCUCAGGGACCCGACGGCCUCAUUCCGAAGGCCGGGACCCUACCCCCAGAUCGGUGCGCAUCCUGACGGCGCCUAGAAGCCGAGGCGUUGGUUCUGGCCUUAUCAACCGUUCAGCAAGCUUGGCACACACACCCAAAGUGGCAGCCCCAAACGACACCACCGCACCAACGUUUCCAACCCCCUCUAUCCCAGAUGUUGCGGCAGAUGGGCAUCGACCUCGAUUCAGAGCAAACGGCCUUCAUCUUGGAAUAAUGCGCAAUCCUUCCUUGCUCAAUCACAUAUACUUCUACCUCUUUCCCGUUAUGGUCUUUGUGCAUAUUCCCCUUCAAUCUUAUUUGGAUUUUAACGCAGCAUACAUCUUGCUUCAAGCUGCCAAACAUCCCACGCCUGCUGCACUUGGUGUCCCUGCAUCAGGUCGUGGCUGGGCACUAGCUUUUGCAGCCUAUAUAGCCUGCUAUUUUGUUUAUUUGUUCAUCAUAUUCAUUGGUUACGAGCUUCUUUAUUCGUUUUAUCGCCAAUGGCGUACAAAGCGACCAUUAAUUUUAUCCAUUUAUCUAUCUGCUCCCGCCUUUAACCUCGCCUCGAUGACUUCAUACUCGACCUUCUGUUUCCUUCAGUACAUACGUGCCAGCGCUUUCAUCCCAGAACGGAAUGGCAGUUGGCGAGAUGGUAUUGCGGAGACGUGCUACUGGUACUCACAGAAUUUACCAACUGUUGUCCUUCUCCUCCCUCGUGCAGCUCUCUGUUUAGCAGCACUGUUUGCAUUCUCGGGACCAACUGCCCGUGCAGUGGCGGAUAAUGGGGAGCUUCCGGUUGGCAGAGAUACCACGUUCUUCAAUGGGCAAGGCCUAUUGACUUCGUAUGCUAGGGGAUCCCUUAUUGCUAAUGCUGUAUGGACAUUGUGGAGAGUGAUGGUACUUCUCAUCAGCUGGGUCGGGCUAUGGAUUACGAGCGGGCAAGCAUGCGCAGGGAUUUGUGGUCCUCGGUACCGAUGGGAAGAAGAGGAUGAUGAGAAGGGAUUUUAUGCGUCACGGACGCGUAAUGAACGUCUCAUCGAGCGUUGGGCGUGGUUGCCAUUCACUAUCACUCGAAUCCGAGAAGCGUACGAGUUCUGCCUCACAAAUCGUGUCAAGCGCCGGACAUCAUCAGUCGAGGACCAACGUCAUUCGCAACAACCAAUGGCAGAGAAUAGGUUCGCUUCAAGGACUUCUGAUUCGCCACCGUUAACGGUGGAUCUUUCUACCGCCCUUGCAUUGGGGUCAGCUCAUGCACAUGUGCCUGAUGAUGGCGAGCAAAAGGCAGAUGAGCCGACUGCCACACCCGGUCAGCACUCCGGGACAAGACGCAGUGUCCUUGAUAGCGAUAUAUUUACUUCCCCCGCUGGUUCCUCUACAGUCUUCGGCUCCUCAUCACUCGUUCCGCCGCUGCCAGCUGCCAAUCUACAAAGUCUUGUGCCGAUGGUAGACCCUUCCAAGCCUGCUUACGGUUCUACGGGACCAUCAUCAAGUGGGCCUAUCUUGUCUCUCCCAUUUCCAUUUUUCCCUAUGCCCACCGCUGCCACCAGUCCACCAGCUCCCCCGUUCCCUCUUCAGUCUCGUCCAAUCCCCUCUCCCAGGCGGUCAAUGCCAAGCACCCACUCAUCGGCCUCUGGAUCUGAAAAGGACUAUGGCUUGGAGGGUUUCGUGGUGCGGGAUAGCGAUGAGAUAGAUGAUCAGCUAGUGGAGUCUCCGGUCUCGGCGACUCACCUGCAGGAAGAUCUGACAGGGGAAGUAUCCCAGUCUCAGCAACCAAUGAACGGACGCGCAUCUCAGUCCCUGUCGAGCCUCGGUCAACCACUGUCUCCAGCUUAUUUGUCCGGUUCCCGUUCACCAUCCACCCAUUCACAAGGUUCCCCCCUGCCUCGCUCGUCAUCGUCUCGAGCCUUGUCUGCGUCGUCCCAAGGCCAAUCUGUCCUUGCUUCUGCUGAACCUUCAUCGUCAGCGGGCAGUCCGCUGAGUCCAAUGAUGCCACCACCUCCACGUCAUCCAUCAGCGGGAUCGGAUUAUCGUAGACGUCGAGCGGGUACGGCUCCAUCCCUGCCUUCGUCUCCCCGGAGUUCGGAAUCCCUUCGCCAUCGUAACCGCACAAUCAGCGUUACGGACCAAACAUUUGGCGUUGCGAUUCCCUUACCGCCGGUGCAAGGUACUGACGACAAUGACCAUCAGUUGGAGGAAGAAGAUCAUGCGGAGGCACGAGGUUCCAUCGAGGAAGCUGAGAAAGAAGACUCGGUUGGGCUGCUGUCCUCUGCUCCUAGCCCAAAGUCUUCGUUAGGAGCUCUUCGCCUUCGUGCCCAGAGCCUAGUUUCGCUCCGUCGUACCUCUUUCGGCUCAGCCCAAGAAGGGAGCCGGCCCCCUUCGUCGCCCUCGACUAGUCGUUCAAGGGCUAUCUCCCUCAUGGGCCGAUCCCGGAAGGGUUCGUCAUCGUCACCGUCAUCACAAGCAGGGGCCGCUUCAGCUUCUCCAUCUUCACGCUCCAGAGCAAGCUCAGUCGCACGUCAAGCCGAUGCGCAUGAUAAUACUUUUGGAAUCCCACCAUCCGUGAGCAUAGAUUGGGAUGAUGUACCUAGGACUAGUGCGCCACCACAGGAACUGCCCCUACCAUCUUCAUCAAACCUCCAAGUGCCUGAUGUCGGACGUACCGGGCGGACGGUGCGUCCUUCAGUCUCACGUGCCACCACGGAGUCCCAGCAGACUGUCUCGCAAAGUGUCGCUCAUACUGACAUCAGCGAGGCGCCCUCAUCAUAUGUUACUGCCCCACCCACUGUGAUCGGAAGUACAACAGAAGAUGGCAGUGCUGGAACAAUUCGGAGUACGGAUCCAUGGAAUGAAAUUUUCCGUGAAAUGAUGUGA